AGGAAUUGGUAACAGUUAAAUGGACUUCCAACAUAUGAUAAUAUUCCUAUAUAUGUCAGAGAGUCCUACCUUCAAAAGCAUCGGAAUAUCUUCAUCUACUCUCUCCCAAGUUACCUAGGUAUAUACCUGUUUAAUCGGAAACUUGGAAGAUAAGUCUUGGUUUAAUUGGAAGUUCUCACAUACCCGAAAUGGCCCCUACCAAUGGUGCAUACGCGAUGAAUAGACUCGCAAUUUUAUCUAGUUUCACCAGCUUAUUAUUCACUUCUUUAACAACACCCGCUUCAGCAGCAGCGAUAAUAAAUCGUCGCGAUACAGCUGUCUCCGCAAAUGAUUGGGACUCCGUAUUAAAAGGAGACCAAGGCGCAGGAUGUGCUGAUCUUGCUGUAAUUUUCGCUCGAGGAACCUUUGACCAAGGAAACCUAGGUCCUUGGGUUGGCGGUCCAUUUCAUGAUGCCUUAAUUAGCGGCGCUUCAGGUAUCAAUGUGGCCUUCCAGGGUGUUAGCACUGAUGACUAUCCGGCCGAUCUAGCUGGUUAUAUUGAGGAAGGUGGAUCAAAUAACUGCGCAAAGAGCCUAGGGUCAGCAGUGCAAACGUAUUCUUCUCAUUGUCCAAAUGCUAAGAUUGCUGUUUGGGGAUGGAGCCAAGGCGCACUGUGCGCACACAAAUCUAUGGGUGAAUUGGGUGAUGCAGCAUCUAAGGUCAUCGCGCUAGGAGUCUUUGGUGACCCGAUAAGUGUCUGGCAGGAUACCGUAAGCUUUCCGUCGCUACCGUCGAGUACGACACUAUUAUCGUACUGUGAGAAGACGACACCGGAUCCGUUAUGUACCGACCCCACCGAUGAUUUCCCUCAAAGCGCUUCCGCAUUCAUUGAUAGGCUUGUGGAUAUCUGGAAGAACGUAGAUCAGACUCAUAUGAACGAUGCCCAAAAAGAAGCUGUUGGAGACUUGCUUGUCCAGCUCCCGAAACAAGCUGCGGGUGAGCUUGGUCAACUUGCCAAAGACAUCAUCGGUGGCCAUUUGAGACGUUGGAUGCUAACACCAGAGCAUUUCUGGUAUGGCAUUGAUGGAACAAUCAAGACUGCUGUAGAUGAUCUCGUUCGCGUUUAUAAGGGUUAGAAUUGAUAUCGUGGUUAAAUGGGUACGAGAGGUUCGGAGUAUGAGUACGGGAAUGUACUCUGGUAAAUAGACAGGCAAUAGAAUUCAUUACACGGUUAUUAAUACUUCGCGCAUAUACUCAGAUAGCC